CCUUCUGUACGACGUCAAUUUCCUGCGACGUGACGAGUCACCAAAACAAGCGUGAGCAGGCUGUCAACAGUUUUGUGGAAAACAGAUGUCUAAAUGAGAUGAUAAAAUGCGAAUUUGCUGGCUUAUCAGUGAGGAGGGCAAUCAUAAACCCAUUCAGCUGCCCCACUUACAGGCAGUUGUCCUGGGUCGAGGUCCAGAAACGACUAUUAAAGACAAAAAAUGCUCCCGGCAGCAAGUUGAAUUGAAAGCAGAAUGCAACAAAGGUUAUGUCAAAGUUAAACAGCUGGGUGUGAACCCCACCUCCAUAGACUCUGUAGUGGUGGGUACAGGCAGUGAGGUCAAAAUGACGCCUGGACAGCAGCUUCAUAUUGUCAAUCAGCACUAUCCAUACACUGUACAGUUCAAGGAGGAUCCCACCGGUGACCACGGUGGCACCAAAAGACCACGAGAGUCAACUUUAGAGGACAGAGAGAGCCAGAGAGAGGCUCCGAAAACAAAAGCAGCCAAACAGACAGAAAAUAUUUCUGUGUCAGUGAACCAUGGAGAAGCCACAAAAACCAGUGAAAGUGUUGGACAUUGGAGCCAAGGUCUGAAGAUUUCUAUGCAAGACCCAAAGAUGCAGGUAUACAAGGAUGAUAAAGUAGUUGUAAUUAAAGAUAAAUACCCCAAAGCUCGCUACCACUGGCUAGUCCUACCAUGGCAGUCCAUUCCCAGUCUGAAGGCAUUGCGUGAGGAGCACUGUGACCUUGUCAAACACAUGCAGCAAGUUGCUGACCAGAUGGUACACCAGUGCCCCGAUGCUAGCUUGCUACGCUUCCGCACAGGGUACCAUGCCAUCCCAAGUAUGAGUCACGUUCAUCUCCAUGUGAUCAGCCAGGACUUUGACUCUCCUUGUUUGAAGAACAAAAAGCACUGGAACUCGUUCACAACUGACUAUUUCAUUGAGUCCCAUGAUGUCAUUCAGAUGCUUGAAACAAAUGGAAGGGUCACUGUGAAAGAAGGCACCAGUGAGUUGUUGAAGCUACCUCUCCGCUGUCAUGUGUGUCGCAAAGAGCUUCCCACUAUACCAGCUCUCAAGGAACACCUAAAGUCUCACUUGCCCAGAUGAGAAAGUGACCUCAAAGGAGAUACAAAGCCUCAUGUGGUCAUUGGUUCAACAUAGGACUCUUUGCACUCUGGACGUUAUUUUUUUUUUCCUGUGCAUUAUGAUUUAUAGUUUUGUAAAACCAUGUUUCGUUGAGUAUUGUUAUUAUGUGAGUAGAACACAAUGUCCAUGUACAGCUUUUGUUGCAUUUUCAACUCAUCAUUUGUCAGUAGGUUUAGGAGGAGAGUCACUGUGGAGGAUGCUUGUGGAUGUCAUCAGACAUCCUCGUCCUCCAAGUCCUGAGAUUUCAUCUGUUCUUCCUAAAUUUUCCAACAUGUUUAAAUAUGUUGUAUUAAAUGUUUUCUAAGAGUAAACAUCCUUUCAUUUCAAAUGAAAAGAAAAA